UAAAACAAAGUCACAUGACAUAACAUCGAAAAUGGCGAACUUUGAUCGGCUUGGUGAAAGCAUUCGCAACAAUGUUUCACAAUAUGCCCUUGCAGUUGGAGUUACUGCAGCGUCAGUGGGAUUAAUAUUUUUCUUGAAAAAAUUUGGCAUAGUUUACAAUUUUUUGCAUAAGGUUGAUGAAAAGUCCAAGCGCCAUGGGGGAGAGCUGGUUGCUGAGGUCUUAAAGGCUCAUAAUGUCAAGCACAUUUUUGCCCUUGCUGGUGGGCACAUUUCUCCAAUCCUAGUUGCCUGUGAGAAACUGGGUGUUCGUGUUGUGGACACUAGGCAUGAGGUUACAGCUGUUUUUGCUGCAGAUGCUGUGGCUAGGAUGUCUGGAACUGUUGGUGUGGCUGCUGUAACUGCAGGCCCAGGUGUGACCAACACAGUCACUGCUGUUAAAAAUGCUCAGAUGGCAGAAUCACCCGUGCUACUCAUUGGUGGGGCUGCUGCCACUCUCUUAAAAGGCAGAGGAGCUCUGCAGGAUAUAGACCAGAUUUCAUUGUUCAAACCACUGUGUAAAUUUUGCGCUACAGUGACCAGUGUAAGAGAUAUUGUUCCAACACUCAGGAAAGCUCUACAAAUUGCUCAGUCAGGCACACCAGGUCCUGUAUUUGUGGAGUUCCCAAUUGAUACACUCUAUCCAUACCAGCUGGUCAAAAAAGAAAUUGGAAUGAAGGACAAGGGUCCAUCAUCUCUUGGUCAGCGUAUUGUGAACUGGUAUCUUAACAAUCAUUUAACUAAUCUCUUUGCUGGAGCAUGGGAAGAGCAAGUGAAAACUCCAUUACCUGUGGAUAUUCCAAAAGCCUCAAAAUCACAAAUACAAAAAUGCAUUGAACUCAUUUCCAAAGCCAAGAAGCCUGUUAUCCUAGUAGGGAGCCAAGCAACACUGCCCCCAACUCCAGUGGAAGAUUUGAGGAAAUCUCUAGAGGCACUGGGUAUUCCUUGCUUCCUGGGUGGCAUGUCUCGCGGGCUUCUGGGUCGUCACAGUGACAUACAAGUGAGGCAACAGAGGAGAGAAGCUUUGCAAGAAGCUGACCUUAUCAUUCUGGCAGGUUCUGUAUGUGAUUUUAGACUCGGUUAUGGCCGUGUUUUGCCAAGAAGAACUAAAAUUAUUGCAGUGAAUAGGAACAAAGAACAGCUUUUGAAGAACUCUGACAUGUUUUGGAAACCAACCCUAGCUGUUCAGUCAGAUGUGGCCAGUUUUCUUGUAUCUGUCAUUGGUGGCCUGAAAGGCUACAAAUGUGACCCGGAUUGGGUGAAGCUACUUAGAAAAAGGGACAUUGAAAAAGAAACAGCAAAUAGUUCUAAAUGUUCAGAGCCUACAGAUGUUCAUCUGAACCCAAUCAAGGUUCUCCAUGUCUUGGAAGAUGUCCUUUCAGAUGAUGCCAUUUUGGUAGCUGAUGGAGGAGACUUUGUGGCUACAGCUGCCUACAUUCUCAGACCUCGUGGACCAUUACGUUGGCUUGACCCUGGAGCUUUUGGCACUCUUGGUGUUGGAGGUGGGUUUGCCCUUGGAGCCAAACUCUGUCGUCCUGAGUCUGAUGUCUGGAUCAUUUAUGGAGAUGGUUCCUUGGGCUACAGCAUUGUUGAAUUUGAUACAUAUACCAGACAUAAGACACCAAUUCUAGCUCUUGUUGGUAAUGAUGCCAGCUGGAUGCAGAUAGCUAGAGAGCAAGUGCCUAUGUUUGGAUCAGAUGUGGCCUGCAAGUUGGAAUACUGCAAAUAUGAAACAUCUGCUGAAGGACUUGGUGGAAAAGGUUUGCGUCUGGACAGGACCAAUGAAUCUGAAAUGUUUCAAGUUUUACAAAAAGCAGUUGAGAUGUCUCGCAAUGGAAGCAGUGUUUUGAUAAACGUCCUGAUCGGUAAAACAAAUUUCAGAGAGGGCAGUAUAUCUGUUUAAAUCAAAAAAAGAUAAAUUAAUUAUUUAACUUUAAAAGUAGACAUUUUUCUAGAGUAAAAGGCUCAAUAAAAUUUACAUUGCCUUUAAAUGAAUCUUAAGAAACAUUUGAGUUAACAUAAAUAUUAGAAUUAAAUUUAUGCAUUUAUUUAUUUCUAAUUAGUAAGACACAAUUAAAGAGUUGCUGGGGGGGGGGGGGCAUUUCUUAAUAACUUGAUAGAUAAUUAAUCUAACAGGUUGCAGAAAAAAUAUACUCUAAGAAAACAUAAAUCAAGAAAAGUUGUGUUACUAAAAUAAAAUUACCAAGGGCAACAUUCCAUGAUGUCUUAAUCAUUUUUUUAGAAUAGCAAAAACAGCCUUAAUUACUUUGAGAUUUUACUAAUACUCUAGUUACGAUCUAUUUUGAAAAUGUUUUUUUUAUUUUACAUUAGCAUUAGCUUGUUCAUUUAUUUAUUAUUUAUGCAAAUUUAUUUUACAAAAUAAAGAAUUGAAAGUUUUGUUGAUUAGGACAUUUGUGUUACAAUACAUUUUUGUUAUAUCAAAAUCAGACAUUCUAAAAAUGUGAUAGUCCCAGUUAAGUUGUUUAUAUUUGAAAUGUAUAGGCUUUUAGAUAAUAUAUGGCUGGGUGGCAGUCUGGUUAUGUGGUAUGCACUCUUGACUAUCAUCUUGAUGGUCCCAGGUUCUAGACCUGCCCUUGCCUUUAGGCUCGGAUGUGAUAACAUUCAAUUCUGAAACAUGUAAAACUAACAAAUGUUAUUUAGUGGAAAUUAAUUUGAAGAUAGACGUCUCACUAUUUUCUGUGAAGAUAUUUCUAUCAUCUGUAUGACAAUACCACGAGUCAUUCCUAGUAUUUAAUGUAUACAAAAUGUUCUACCACAGUUACAAUGUGUUUGAAUUGUAUUCUUAAAAAUAUUUAACUUUUGUAAUUAACUUUUAAAUUAAUAUUGUUAACACACAACUGUGGAAUGUGUGGCUGAGUUUAUAAACCAUGUGACUACCUAUCGAGAGGCUGAGUUCAGAUCCCAACUUGAGCUGAGGUUAUUUUUGCUGACUGCCUUAAGUCAGCAUUGAAACGUCCCAUAUACUCCCUCACCCCAUAUGUUGAAAAAAAGAUAUUGGACCAUAGCACACUGAGCGGACUGUAGAAUGAAAGAUAAUUAAAGACAAUUUUUUAAAAAUAUAUAAAUUUAAUGCUUGAUUUGAAAAAAAAAUAAUUUCAGACCUUGUUUGCCUAUAGGGCAGAGGUAAAGGUCAUCUGAUUCGACGGCCAAUGGUUAACGAGGGUAUCAUGUGGUCAGGGCAACAACCAAGCACUUUUACUCUUCCCAGCUAAUGUCAUUAAAGUUUGUUGGACUCAAGGACGUCCUAAAAAUCCCUUAACUCAAAAUCCUGUUCUUCACUGAGAUUUUAACCCAAGACCCUUCAGUUCUGAAGCCAAGCACAUCACCACUAAGCCACCACACACCCUAUGCUUGUUUAUCUAUCUUCAAUUGAAAUCAUGUUGUGCUAAAAGAUACAUUUAUGAAAUAUUUCAACAGUGUGUGUCUACUUUUUCACAUGACUUUUCAUGUCAUUUAUUUGUGUGUAAUCCUGUUAUUGUUAUAUGUAGCCUAUUUUUGAAACACCAUUUUGUUGUUUUUUCUUUUACAAGCCUUUUAUAUAUGUUUUUGAAUCAAGUUUUAAUAAAGAUAUUUUACAUAAAUAUAUCAAUAA